CGGGUGCGCAGUGGCCGCGUGUGUUUCAGACGUAGUGGGAGCAGCAUCGUGGAGGAGACUCCGGGAAAAGAGUUUUAGACCCUGUAAAGUAACCGAGCAGCCGCCAAAAUGCUCGUGUUAUUCGAGACAGCCGCUGGAUAUGCGAUAUUUAAAGUCCUUGAUGAAUCUAAGCUGCAGCAAGUUGACAGCCUGUAUAAGGAGUUUGAAACUCCCGAAAAGGCAAACAAAAUUUUGAAGCUGAAGCACUUUGAGAAGUUUCAGGACACAACAGAGGCGUUGGCAGCUGCCACGGCCCUCACUGAGGGGAAAGUCGGCAAGAGUUUGAAGAAAGUGCUGAAGAAAAUAGUUGCUAAAGAAGCUCACGAGCAGCUGGCCAUCAGCGAUGCAAAGCUGGGCGGCGUUAUUAAAGAAAAGCUGGACGUGAGUUGCGUCCACAGCCCCGCCGUGGCUGAGCUGAUGAGAUGCAUCCGUAGCCAGAUGGAAGGCCUCAUCACCGGACUUCCUCCCAGGGAGAUGAGCGCCAUGUCUCUGGGGCUGGCUCACAGUUUGUCCCGCUACAAGCUGAAGUUCAGUCCGGACAAAGUGGACACCAUGAUUGUGCAAGCCAUCUCACUUUUGGACGACCUGGAUAAGGAGCUCAACAACUACAUCAUGCGCUGCAGGGAGUGGUACGGUUGGCACUUUCCCGAGCUGGGAAAAGUCAUCACCGAUAACUUGGCCUACUGCAAAGCUGUUCGCCAUAUCGGUGAUCGCACAAACGUGGCAGGUUCUGAUCUGUCCGAAAUCCUCCCCGAGGAAAUCGAGGCAGAGGUGAAGCUGGCCGCGGAGAUCUCCAUGGGAACGGAGGUGUCGGAGCAGGACAUCGGCAACAUCAAGCACCUGUGUGAUCAGGUGAUAGAGAUUUCAGAAUACCGCACUCAGCUGUACGACUACUUAAAGAACCGAAUGAUGGCGAUCGCACCCAACCUGACGGUGAUGGUGGGCGAGCUGGUCGGCGCCCGGCUCAUCUCUCACGCAGGUUCCCUCCUGAAUCUGGCAAAGCAUCCGGCAUCCACCGUGCAGAUCCUAGGAGCAGAGAAGGCUCUGUUCAGAGCCCUGAAGACUCGCAAAGACACUCCGAAGUACGGCCUCAUCUACCACGCCUCCCUCGUGGGCCAGACCACCGCCAAGAACAAGGGCAAGAUCUCCCGAAUGCUGGCAGCUAAAGCAGCCCUGGCGAUUCGCUACGAUGCCCUGGGCGAGGACACCAACGCAGAGAUGGGAGCAGAGAACCGUGCCAAACUGGAGGCCAGGCUGCGGCAGCUGGAGGAGAAAGGAAUCCGAAGAAUCAGCGGAACGGGCAAAGCGAUGGCAAAGGCAGACAAAUACCAGCACAAGAGUGAAGUGAGAAUGUACGAUCCAUCCGGUGACUCGACUAUCCCCUCCACCUCCAAGAAGAGGAAGUUUGAGGAGGUGGAGGAGGAGGAGGAGGAGGAGCCCGUAACACCGGCAGUCAAACCCAAAAAGGCCAAAAAGGAGCCAUUAAUAGAAGUAUUAGAAGAAGCAGAAACGUCCACAGCAGCAGAGGAAACAACCAAGAAAAAGAAGAAGAAAAAGAAGGACAAGAAAGAGGAGGCAGAAGUGGUGGAAUCAAAGGAGGAAGAGGAGGAGAUGCCAGUGACAGAGUCGACAGAAAAGAAGAAAAAGAAGAAGAAAAAGAAGGUCAAAGAGGAGGAGGACGCCGAGUGAAAAAGUGGAGAGUGUAUAUAUUUUCUGUUUAAGUUUUUAUGUGAUUUCAUGUUUGUGUCAUACAUUUAUAUCUAAUGAGGGCAAAACUGUAUUAAAUGUCUGUUUUUUGGACCUCAAAAAUUGCUCGUUAUAGAAAAUCAUCAUUGGAUCUCCUUUUAUAAUUGCAAGUUAGGAGCAGUUCGACAGCACACAGUCAUAAGAGUUAAAGUAAAUCUAUAUUUUUAAAAUGAUGAUAGUUUCUAUUACUCUGAUCUGAAAGUUUUUGUGGGUUUUUUUGUUGUUUUUUUUUUUUUUUUGAUAAAUGAAACGUUAUCGUAGAUCAGAGCGAUGAGUUGAUGAGGAAAGAGU